GUCAUAUUGCAGACUCAUUUCUUGUAGAAAUAUUUUAAUAUUUGACAAUUUCUUUACGCUUGGUUUAUAUUUAUGUGAUUGGAAUUCAUGUAAACAAGCUAGAAAUUUAUAUUUAUUAUAGAGAUGUUGCUCUCUGAUACUUAUUUAUUUAUAUCCUCACUCGUUGACGCGGCUGGUUUGUUAUUUCUUACAGUAUUUUUUGUAUCCUUUAAGUAUUAAACAAUGCAUAUUUGUGUCUUUGUAGUAUCAAAAGUGUAUAUAUUUGACAUGUCAUCUAUACAUAGCGUCCUUAACAGUGUCUCUACAGAUAAUCAAUCUUUCAGAUUUAGAAUGCGAUUAUAUCAAUGCUACAGUCUGUUGUGAAAGGCUUAACAAGGUAAAGUUUAGCAAAGAAAAUGCGCCAUAACAGUAAUUGUUUGGGGGCACAUUAGUAUAGUAUUGUAAAGAAUAAAUUCAGUUUAUUAACUUAUUAAUAAAGAUACAUGAAGCUAAGGAGACAUGUCCACAUUCAAUUGACAUUUUGGCUUGGUAGUUGUUUCAACAUUAUUAUGCUGUGGUGGUUUUUUCAACAUGGCAUUUCUUUAUUUAGUUUGUAAUUCCUGAAAUCAUUGCCCAGCUGUACUUUCCUGUUAUGUUUUUCAUUCAUUUUCACUGGAUCUACUUCAUAAUAACUCUGCCAUUGUCGAUCUGGCUAAUUUAUAGGUAACUUAAUAUAUGUGAAUUUAAGGGCGUAGCCAGACAGACCCUCCAAAUUUCUUCAGGAGAAACUGGGGGUGUAUUAACCUUGUAAUGCUUUCGUAUACGACAUGAAAUAUACUAAAUCUGUGCCUUUCAGAUUAUCAUAAAAUGUGUCUAAAAUGCACGAGAUAGCACUUUGCAGAUCGUAAAAAUAGAAACAUUUUCUGAGUGACCAUGCUCCCGAGUUGGUCUGUGUAUUCAACAAUUAAACCAUUCAGCACUUAAACCCCCCACUCUUUUGAGGCUGGCUACACCCCUAUAUGUUACAAUUUACCAGACCUUUAAUUUUGAGGAGCGUGAUCACUCUUGUAGGCUUGCAUUCCUCUUAUUUUGUUUCAGUGAAAGUGAUUUACAACUCAUCUUAAUUAAUAGUUAGUUCAGUCAGAAAAUUUCACAAAACAAAAUACCACCCUUGUUAACUUACCAAAGUACGAAAUGUCAUUUUUUCUAGAUUCCUGAAUAAACCUUCGGGCAAUGUUGGAAUCUAUGAUCCAGCAGAAAUCCAUAAUAGGAGUGAACUGAAAGGUUUUCUGAAGGAGGCAAUGAUUAAACUAGGAUUUCACCUUAUCUCAUUCUUUCUUUAUUUAUACAGGUAUAUACAAUUGAGUUUUUUACAAACAAAAUCAUUCCACAAUAUACAAUUGACAUAAGUGGCAUACAAGUGUUCAUCCACUUUAGCUGGAAUUUCAGAGCUCUGCACUGGUUUAUAGCGACUGAAAUUCACGCUAGAUAAACACGGCUCACGCCCCCAUGGAAAUCAGCUUCGGGUGAUGGGGUCAAGCAUGUAUAAAUAAAGUUUCUAUCUAUCUAUCAUUGUCCCCACAAGAGUAAUUUUGUCAGGCCAUGGGCAUUUGGAAAAUAUUUGAACUGAAUAUUACCACCAUUCCCUUGUACUUAAUAUAGUUUCUAUUUCUUUUUCAGCAUGAUUUCGGUCCUCAUUGCAAAGAAAGACAAAUCGUAAAAAAGCUGUUCAUCAUAGCCCUCAAAGAGAGAUAAACUAAUUACAGUAAAACCUUUGUUAGGAAUAUGAUAUCAUGACACUAUUAGAUAGAACACUAUUGUUAUUUGCCUUCUCAUCACUUUUUGACAAGCACACAAACCAAACGAAAAAAGUUAGGGGCUGUUUAUAUGGAAGCCGGGCUGGCCCACUUAGUGAGGCAGCCUGGUAAGGAUGAAUUUCUCUUGUGUUUAUGAGAAAAUUUCAUCUCAUUUGCUGGGACAAUUAUGUUGUUUUGACAUUAUUUUGACUGUUGUUAAAAAUAGCUUGUGGUGGCAUCUUUGAACUUUUAUCCAGCAACUGGGCUAGCCCAUUUGCAAGUGUUUAUAUGGAGAAAUUUUCGUCCCAGUAAGCGAAAUCUUGCCUCUUUCAACGAGAUCUCUAAGCGGGCCAGCCUGGCUUCCAUAUAAACAUCCCCUGAGAAAUACAUAGUAUUUGUCUAAAAAAAUGAAAAUAAUGUCUUGUAAAUAGACUAGCUUAGCUGUACAUGUUGUUGUAAAAUUAUUCAGCUAAAGGUUGUAAAUUUAUGUUAUUUGGACAUUAAAAUAUUUGUACAAAAAAUAAAGUGUAUUUGAGUUGAGUACAGAGUUGAGUAUUAUUACC